AUGACACGAAACCUCCUAUUGUGGGUCCUCAUCCUAUAUGCCUCUCUCAAGCUCUCCGGAAGCCAUGGUCCUGAAUUUGAGGAGGGAAAGCACUAUGAGGUGGUUCGACCAGUCAGACUUCACACAGUCAGAAAAAGACACACAGAGUACCACAGACCAGACACUCUUACGUAUGCAAUGACUGUAGGCGGACAAGACAUAGAAAUGCAACUUGAAAGAAAUAAUGAAUUACUUACCAAAGAUUACACUGAGUCUUACUACCAAGAAGAUGGGACUCGAGUCACCACAGUACCAAAUGACAUUGAUCACUGCUUCUAUCAUGGGAGGAUUGUGAACGACAGUGAGUCAUCUGUUAGCAUCAGUACCUGUGAUGGACUCAGGGGUUACUUCAGAACAUCUGCUCAAAGGUACCUGAUUGAGCCACUAUCCAGUGACGAUGAGGGGGAUCAUGCAGUGACGACUUUUAAUGAAAAGAACUUCACGCCUGCCGUGUGCGGGGUCACUAACACCAGCUGGAGUGACGACUAUGAACCUCCAACAAGCCGCAGCCGCUCUAGAUCAGGGGGUAUUUCUAUUGUACAGCAGCAGAAAUACGUUGAGCUCGUCCUUGUUGCUGAUAACCGCGCGUAUGUGAAGAUGAACAGGGAUCAAAAGAAGAUGAGACAGAGAAUAUUUGAGAUUGUCAACUUUGUCAACAUGGUCUACAAACCUCUGAGGACCUUUAUUGCUCUGGUGGGGUUGGAGAUAUGGACGAAUGAUGACCUGAUCUCUGUGACCCCCCCAGCAGGGGCAAACCUGGAUGCUUUCAUGAAGUGGAGAAACUCUGAGCUGGUGACCAGGAUAAAACAUGACAACGCACAUCUUAUAAGUGGUAUCGACUUUGAAGGAGCAACUGUGGGUCUUGCUUUCAUUGGGACUCUCUGUUCUGGUCACUCUGUCGGCGUAGUACAGGAUCACAGUGAUGCAGCCAUAGCAGUGGGAGCAACACUGGCUCAUGAGAUGGGCCACAACCUGGGCAUGAACCACGAUGACUCCAGUGGUUGUUUAUGUUCUGACGAUAGCUGCAUCAUGGCAGCAGCCCUCAGCUGGAAAACUCCUCGAAGCUUCAGUAGCUGCAGCAGCAGCAACUAUGAAAAGUACCUAACAAGCCGCAGCCCCAGCUGUCUGCUGGACAAACCAGACUACAAGAGUGUCGUGGCUCCCGCGGUCUGUGGAAACGGCUUCAGAGAGGAAGGAGAGCAGUGCGACUGUGGUUCGGUGCAGGAGUGCACCAAUCCCUGCUGCAACGCCACCACCUGCACCCUGAAAGAGGGUUCACAAUGUGCUGAAGGCGAGUGCUGUGAGAACUGUAAGAUCUUGCCUACCUCCAGACAGUGCCGCGCAAAGCAGGAUGACUGUGAUCUGGCAGAGAACUGUGAUGGGAAGAGCACGACCUGUCCAGAGGAUGUGUUUGCUGUGAAUGGGCUCCCAUGUGAUGGAGGCCAAGGGUACUGCUACAACGGCCAGUGUCCACAGAGACCUAAGCAGUGUGUCAAGAUGUAUGGAUCAGGUGCUAAGGAGGCCAAACAAGGAUGCUAUAACUACAACACCAGAGGAGCCUACUAUGCCUUCUGCAAACGCCCCUCAAAUGAUCAGUUCAUCCCCUGUCAGCAAGAAGAUGUUCUUUGUGGAAAGCUCUUCUGUGAAGGCGGUAAUGACAACCCAAACUACGGCCAGAUGGUCAGCAUCGGCACAUGCAAGGCAGCGUUCUUCUCAGACACCACCAGUGACCAAGGCCAGGUGGAAACGGGGACUAAAUGUGGAGAUGGAAAGGUGUGCAGCCAGAAUCAGUGUGUAGAUCUGCAGACGGCAUACAGAAACACCAACUGUUCAGCAAAAUGCCCAGGCCAUGCUGUGUGCAACCACAAAAGUGAGUGCCAGUGCGAGCCUGGGUGGACGCUUCCUAACUGUGAUUCAAUGGACACAGCUUUUAGUGGUACUGGAAAAACUAUUGUCAUUGCAGUCACGGUUACACUAGUGGUCCUAGGCAUCAUUGCUGCCAUCGCAGGAAUCAUCUGGAAAAAGCGACAAAGUCCCAUCCUGCCAACUGCAGCAACUCAGAGGAAGCAGAUAGCCAUGCAGAACCCGGCUUACCGCAGCAAACAGCCUCCACCCAGUUACCCUGCAUCAGGCCAACAGGCUGGCAGACCAAAGCCUGAAGGACCUCCACCUCCACCACCUGCAGCUGGGACCAAACCCAAACCAGUCAUUCAGAUCCACAGAACUGCACCAGCUCCACCAGGGAAAAAACCCACACCACCCAUUUCAAACUACGCAGCUGCACGGCAGGCUCUGAGGCCAGUUCCUCCGCCAAAGGUCUGAUGUCUGCGUGGUGCCAUCUCUUAGCAGCUCUUAUUGCUCUCAGUAGGAAGCUGCUGUAACCGCCUUCUCAGUGCUGAAGCAACAUUUCAACAAUGACUCACAGAUAGCACGAGGAGUUAGCCAGACUCUGAUUGUUACUAGCAUGCCAUCCGCUGAGCUCUUCAUCGCUUUUUAUUUUCUAAGGCGCUUUUUCAGACUGCAGGGUUAGAGAUACAGACAAGUAUCUACUAGUGUUAGUAUCUCUAACAAGACAAGUGCAAGUACAGACAUCCCUGACUCUGAAUGUGACUUACAACUCUUUUUAUCACAGUAAUGGCACAGAAUAUAAGUGUGUGUGCAUGACCUAAUGAAAAUGUUAUAACAGUUUUCAGAAUUUGUUACAGUUUGAUAUUUCAUUUGUGUUUUUAAAAUCCUUAGAAAUUUUGCUGACUUUGAUGUGAAAGUCAAAAAUCGGAGUGCGAUGCUCUGUUGCACCCUACAGUGCUCUACUUUAAAGUAAAGUAAAUGCACUCAGAGAACUCAAAGAAUGCACUUACCCCACCACUUGAACAUUAUGAAGCACCUUAAGUGUUUAGGGGUUUUUUUAUAUUUUAAACCAUGCUUUCUCUCAAGACACUGUAAAAGUUUGAGUUGUAUUUAUAUUUUUAUCUAAAUGUACAUAUUUAUCUACUUUGUUUACAAAAUCAGACUUCUACAUGAGAAGAGAAAGAACAAAAGCAUGAUGCCAAAUUAGCUUCUUAUUGGUGCCUUUUUAGAAGCAGAAACGUUUAUACAAGAUUAGGUGUCACAUGCAAGUGGUAAGACACAUAUCAAUUUGCCACAACAUUAAAACCAAUGACUGUGAUGUUUUUAAUGUUGAUGUUGUAUAAUUCUUCUUAAUUCUUAUAUUGAAAUUUUUUUUUUUACAUUUGUUUCCAUUAUGAUUGUUUUCCCAAUAUUUUUUUACUAUAAUAUUGUCCUGCUGUAUACU